AUGUACGUGAACGCGGCAUCGCCAUCGUUACACGUUUCCCAUGAUGCACUGCGGGGAAAACCGGUGAAGAUAUUCAAAACUAUGGCGGAAGACCCGAAUAUAUUUAAACCAACAUUAUGCUCAGAAGAAGUGGAAAACAAGUCUGUUGUUAACAGACGCAAUGAAACACGGAGGUGCCUUUUGUUUUCGUCGGAUAAAGACAUUAGCACACUGGAGGAACCGAAAGUGACAUGUAAAAUUGUAACAUUACAAAGUGUUCCCGACGAUUCAAAUUCAUGCCGACGUUUUGCGGAAAUCGGCCAACAACUCUCACCAAAGGCCAUAAACACGUGUGUAAAGGCGAAAAAUGGAGUUGAAUUGGAAGGUGCCUCACCUGAGCAUCGUCUAAAUUCAAAACAUCAUAUUUUAGUCAACGCUGAAGACAAGGAAAACACCGCUAUGUCCUCAGCAGAUAACACCCAAGAAGAGGACACUUCUGGUCAGUCAAGUUUGCAAGAUUCCAAUGUGACUGCCAGUAAGCAUCACAGUAACACAGAGGACGGUGAUGCUGAGGUGAAGAGAAGAGCACAGGAGGAAGGCUAUGUGAGUGUGGUCUUCCCUGGCACAGUAACUCAAGAAGGCUGCUGCCGCUUUGUCAGCGAGAUUCUCAAGUGCAUUCUCUAUCAGAGGCAGCAACUACCCAUGACAUAUGACCAGCUGGUAUACUCCCAGAAGAAACAGCAAGCCUCAGUGCAGGAUAAAGACAUAGUGGGUCGGAGACCAAUGCAGUCUGCAGACAUGGAUUGGCGCAAGUGUCAACAGACCCUUCAGGAGCUAGAGGAGGUGCUGCAGCAGCUGGAGGUGUUGUUUUCCCUUAGCAGGGUGCCACGUGUGCUGCUGCUAAUGGGUGGCUCCCUCAUCCUUCCCAAAGAGCUGUAUGAGAUCAACAUGGAGGCUCUGGAAGUAGCUGGUGGAGAUCAAUGUCUACGAGUAUCCUCCUGCUUAAGGCAACUCUUCCGCACUCUUUUCGUAGCUGACCUUUUGUCUGACACCAGACCUGUUCGUUUAAUGCCCACCACAGUCUUGGUGCUGGCUCACAGGGAUUGCGGUGUAGGUUGGUUCCGCCCUAAACUACAAUUCAAAGUGCCAACCCGUAUAAAGAACCAGAUUAUUGCUCUGUCCACUGAUCCCAGUACCUGUAAGGAACUAAAGGCAGAGGGUUCAGACUGGCAGGAUUAUGUGUGGUUUCAGGCACCCAUGACUAUCAAGGGCUUUGGAAAGUGACCCAAACAGUCUAGGAGUGCAUAGAAUGAAGAUUGGAGCUCUCAUUCUGGAGCAUGUAUAUUCAAAUGGAAUUUUAAUGGUGGUUUAAGUGAAUUUUAAUGAAUUAUGAAUUUAAUUUUUUUUGUACUGUUCAUUAAAAGUAUAAUAAUUAAAAUAAUAGUGUGCUUGUUGACAUC